AUGUCCAGACAGAUUUCAGACCAAGACUUGAGCGAAUGGCAACGCCAGAUUGGCGACGAUGUUGCUAUCAGCAAGCUCUCCCUGCCGGGCACGCACAACAGUGCGGCUAGUCAUCUUUCACUCUUCUCCGUGAAGUGCCAGGGUGCCCCAAUCACGGAGCAAUUGAACCACGGAGUUCGGUUCCUGGAUAUCCGCGUUUCUACUCCUUUUUUCAACGAUCCGAAGGGCUGGUUUGGAAAGAACAAGAAAGAUUUGCAAGUCAUCCAUGGUCAAUUUCCUGUGAAACUGCCUACGCCUGUCAAGCUUCACGGGGUACUCGACGAGGUGUAUGGGUUUCUUGAAAAACACCCAUCCGAGUCGGUUAUCGUUUCCAUCAAGUCCGAGGGUCGUGACAAAUGGGAGGGCCAGGACUUCCCCAAUCUAAUCUGGGACGAGUAUGUUUCGCCAAAACAGGACAAAUGGUACCUCAGCCCUUCUAUCCCACGUAUGGGCGAGUGCCGUGGAAAGGUCAUUUUGUUCCGUAGAUUCGGCGUGGACGACUCCAAGAAGAACUCUUACGGCAUUGACGCGUCAUGGUGGCAAUACAAUACCACAAUGGACGAUCGUGGCAACUACGUGGUGCAGGAUUGGUGUGAGGUAAUGAAGAAGGAUGACAUCAACACGAAGAGCCAAUACGUGAAGGACCAUCUUUCCCGUGCAAUUGAGUACAACUCCACAGAUAGCCAGAACCCUAAGCUUUACGUCAAUUUUUGCUCUGGAGCGAACUUUUUCGACCCUGAUUGCUGGCCAAAAAAGGUUGCGAGUGGGUUGACCUCAUUGAAGAUCGAAGAUAACUACGGAAAGGGCUGUGGAAUCGUGGUUCUCGACUACAUUGAAAGGGAAAACUGGAAGGAGGUAAAGACACUUGUCUCAACCAACUACUAG